AAUCGUACGCUCUUCUCUCCUCUGGUUUCGUCAUUUGGGCACUGGGCCUUCCGUCGCCGGCACUGGCCAGAGGAAAACGAAGAAAUUGAUACUCUCUCGCCCCCCUCUCUCUGUAAUUUUGAUUUUUCUCUCUACUUUUUCGUUCUUCAACUUCGCAGAAAAGAGUGGGAAAGCUGCGGAUAGGGUUAUACAUAGGUAUAUAAAUCUGUUGUUACAAUGUCGGAGGAAGAGAAGUUGCUGAAGGAGGCGAAGAAACUGCCAUGGGAGGAUCGGUUGCUACACAAGAACUGGAAGGUUAGGAACGAGGCCAACAUUGACCUCGCGGCCGUCUGUGAUUCAAUCAGGGAUCCAAAGGAUUCUCGCCUACGGGAAUUUGGUCCACUUUUUAGAAAAAUUGUGGCCGAUUCCAAUGCGCCAGUGCAAGAGAAGGCACUUGAUGCGCUAAUCGCGUACUUAAGAGCUGCUGAUGCCGAUGCUGGAAGGUAUGCAAAAGAAACAUGUGAUGCAAUAGUUGCAAAAUGCCUUACGGGUCGUCCAAAGACGGUGGAGAAGUCUCAAGCAGUGUUUAUGCUUUGGGUAGAGUUGGAGGCCGUGGACGUUUUCCUGGAUUCUAUGGAGAAGGCAAUAAAAAAUAAAGUUGCAAAGGCAGUGGUGCCUGCAAUUGAUGUCAUGUUCCAAGCUCUAAGUGAAUUUGGGUCUAAGGUUGUUCCCCCAAAAAGAAUUCUUAAGAUGCUUCCUGAACUUUUCGAUCACCAAGAUCAAAAUGUUCGUGCUUCCUCCAAAGGCCUGACGCUUGAACUUUGCCGUUGGAUUGGUAAAGACCCAGUAAAAUCAAUAUUGUUUGAGAAAAUGCGGGAUACGAUGAAAAAAGAGCUGGAAGCUGAGCUUGUCAAUGUUACAGGAACAGCUAGGCCAUCUCGCAAAAUAAGGUCUGAACAAGACAAGGAGCCUGAACAAGAAGUCGUCUCUGAAGUUUCUGGUCCUGGCCCCUCUGAAGAAUCUGCUUCUGAUGCUCCUCAGGAAAUAGAUGAGUAUGAGCUUGUUGACCCUGUUGAUAUAUUAACUCCAUUGGAAAAGUCAGGAUUUUGGGACGGAGUGAAAGCUACCAAGUGGUCUGAACGAAAGGAGGCUGUUGCAGAGCUGACUAAACUUGCUUCAACAAAAAGGAUUGCACCUGGUGAUUUCACAGAAAUUUGUCGUACAUUGAAGAAGCUUAUCACGGAUGUGAACAUAGCUGUUGCUGUUGAAGCCAUUCAAGCAAUUGGAAAUCUUGCCAGGGGUUUAAGAACCCAUUUUUCUGGGAGUUCACGGUUCUUAUUGCCAGUUUUACUUGAAAAAUUGAAAGAGAAAAAACCUACUUUGGCUGAGUCGCUUACUCAAACUCUCCAAGCUAUCCACAAGGCUGGGUGUUUAAGUCUUGCUGAUAUUGUUGAAGAUGUUAAGGUUGCGGUGAAAAACAAAGUUCCUCUUGUGCGCUCGCUCACUUUAAAUUGGGUGACAUGUUGUACUGAAGCGAGCAACAAAGCUGUUGUUCUCAAGGUGCACAAGGACUAUGUCCCAAUCUGUAUGGAGUGCCUUAAUGAUGGAACACCAGACGUGAGAGAUGCAGCCUUUUCAGCUUUGGCAGCAUUAGCUAAGUCUGUUGGCAUGAGGCCUUUAGAAAGGUCACUGGAGAAACUCGAUGAUGUUAGAAGAAAGAAGCUCUCAGAAAUGAUUGGUAGUCCUGGAAGCGGUUUGCCAAUGGGUACAAGUUCAGCUACAGUUCAGGCUUCAGGUGGGAGCAUGUCCAGUCUGGAGGCUUCUGAAAGUUCAUUUGUUAGGAGAUCAGCUGCAAGCAUGCUUAGUAGGAAGAAGCCUGUUCAGGCAGCUCCUGCUAACAAGAAAGGAGGCUCUGCAAAAUUGGGUGCUAACAAGAAAGGUGAUGGAGCUGGGCAGCCGAAGGCUCCAAAAUCAGCUGAACCUGAAGAUAUUGAGCCAGCAGAGAUGGGUCUUGAAGAAAUUGAAAGCAGGAUAGGUUCUCUUAUACAGGCAGAUACUGUUUCUCAAUUGAAGAGUAGUGUUUGGAAAGAACGUCUAGAAGCAAUUGUCUCAUUAAAAGAACAAGUUGAAGGCAUACAGGAACUUAACCAGUCUGCAGAAAUUUUGAUUCGUUUACUUUGUGCUCUUCCUGGUUGGAACGAGAAAAAUGUUCAGGUCCAGCAACAGGUUAUUGAAGUCAUUACUCAUAUAGCUUCAGCAGCAGCUAAAUUUCCGAAGAAGUGUGUUGUUCUUUGCCUUCUGGGCAUAAGUGAAAGGGUAGCGGACAUAAAGACCCGAAGUCAUGCCAUGAAGUGUCUUACUACUUUUUCUGAAGCAGUAGGCCCGGGAUUCGUUUUUGAAAGACUUUACAAAAUCAUGAAAGAGCACAAGAAUCCUAAGGUUCUUAGUGAGGGCAUCUUGUGGAUGGUUUCAGCUGUAGACGACUUCGGCAUUUCACAUUUGAAACUGAAGGAUUUAAUUGAUUUUUGCAAAGAUACUGGACUACAAUCCAGUGCCGCUGCCGCUAGAAAUGCUACUAUCAAGCUUAUUGGUGCCUUGCAUAAAUUUGUUGGUCCAGAUAUCAAAGGGUUUCUUACAGAUGUCAAACCUGCACUUCUCAGCGCACUUGAUGCAGAAUAUGAGAAAAACCCAUUUGAGGGUGCAUCUGCUGUUCUAAAGAGAACUAUAAAGGCACCAGAUUCCUCGUUGUCUAUGUCUGCUGGUGGUCUAGAUAGCUUGCCACGGGAAGAUAUUAGUGGAAAGAUCACACCAACUCUGCUGAAGAGCUUGGAAAGCCAUGAUUGGAAGGCCCGCUUAGAAUCAAUUGAAGCGGUGAAUAAAAUUUUGGAAGAGGCCAAUAAACGAAUUCAGCCAACUGGAACUGUGGAGUUAUUUGGUGGUCUUAAAGGGCGGUUAUAUGACAGCAACAAAAAUCUAGUCAUGGCAGCCUUGUCGACUGUUGGUGGUGUUGCAUCUGCCAUGGGUCCAGGUGUUGAGAAGGCAAGCAAGGGCAUUCUGUCGGAUGUUCUAAAAUGCCUGGGUGACAACAAAAAACACAUGAGAGAAUGUACAUUGACUACUUUGGAUUCCUGGAUCAGUGCCGUAAAUCUUGAUAAAAUGGUUCCUUACAUCACAGCAGCUUUGACGGAUUCCAAGCUUGGUGCAGAAGGUCGUAAAGACCUUUUUGAUUGGUUAUCAAGGCAACUUUCUGGAUUAAGUGAUUUUUCUGAAGCUGUUUAUCUGCUGAAACCAGCUGCUUUAGCAAUGACGGAUAAAGCAGCAGAUGUUCGGAAAGCAGCAGAAGGCUGUAUUGUUGAAAUAUUGAGAGUUUGCGGACAAGAAACAUUGACCAAAAAUUUGAAAGAUAUACAUGGGCCAGCUUUAGCUUUUGUUCUUGAAAGACUGAAACAGCCUUAUGUGGCUUUUCAAGAAUCAUUCGAUUCAGCAAAAACAGUUUCAAUGGGGAUUUCAACAAAAAGCACCUCUAAGGUGGGAAAACCUGCUACCAAUGGUUAUGGUGAUCGUGUGUCUAAGCAUGGGAGCAGAGCUAUGUCUUCGAGAGCAACUUCAGCUAAAGGCUCAAAGCCAGACUCUAUCAUGUCUGUUCAAGAUAUUGCUGUCCAGUCACAGGUUUUGAUAAAUGUGAAGGACUCGAGCAAGGAUGAGAGGGAGAGAAUGGUUAUUCGCAGGUUUAAAUUUGAAGAGCCACGGUUAGAACAGAUUCAAGAUCUUGAGAAUGAUAUUAUGAAAUAUUUCAGAGAGGAUCUGCAUAGACGGCUUCUAAGUACUGACUUUAGGAAGCAAGUUGAUGGACUUGAGAUGCUGCAGAAGUCAAUUUCGUCCGUUGGGAAGGAAAUCAUUGAAGUUUUAGAUAUACUUUUGAGGUGGUUUGUUUUGAGACUUUGUGAAUCUAACACAACAUGCCUGCUGAAGGUGUUGGAAUUCCUUUCUGAACUUUUUGAAACCUUAAGGGUUGAGGCCUACACUUUGACUGAAUCAGAAGCAGCUAUUUUCCUUCCUUGCCUGAUAGAGAAGUCGGGACACAACAUUGAGAAAGUACGAGAAAAAAUGCGAGAGCUGGCUAAACAAAUUUUUAGCAUAUAUUCAGCGGCAAAGGCUUUUCCUUAUAUUUUGGAGGGUUUGCGGUCUAAAAACAAUCGAACUCGAAUAGAAUGUGUGGAUCUUGUUGGAUUCUUAAUUGAUCAUCAUGGAGCGGAGGUUGGUGGUCAGUUGAAAUCUUUGCAACUUGUUGCUAGCUUGACAGCUGAAAGAGAUGGUGAAAUCAGGAAAGCUGCUUUAAAUGCGUUAGCUACUGGUUAUAAAAUUCUUGGGGAUGACAUAUGGAGAUAUGUUGGAAAGUUGACAGAUGCUCAGAAAAGCAUGUUAGAUGAUAGAUUUAAGUGGAAGGCUAGAGAGAUGGAGAAGAGGAAGGAAGGAAAGCCUGGUGAAGCUAGAGCUGCUUUACGGCGUUCUGUUAGGGACAAUGGGCCUGAAUUAGCUGAGCAAAGUGGGGAGGCCUCAAGAUCUGCGUCUGGCCCAAUCUUUACUAGGGAAAACUAUGCUCAUCCGGGGCUUCAGGUGGAGAGACAUUUAAUGCCCCGAGCGCUUGGUGCACCUGGCCCCACAGACUGGAAUGAAGCUCUGGAUAUCAUUUCUUUUGGCUCCCCUGAGCAGUCUGUUGAAGGAAUGAAAGUUGUGUGUCAUGAGUUGGCACAGGCCAACAGUGAUCCAGAAGGCAGUGCAGUGGAUGAUAUUGUGAAGGAUGCAGAUAGACUUGUUUAUUGUUUGGCAAACAAGGUGGCUGAGACUUUCAAUCUCACUCUCUCAGGAGCUUCAUCAAGGUCAUGUAAAUAUGUCCUAAACACACUUGUGCAGACGUUUCAGAACAAGAGAAUUGCUCAUGCUGUUAAGGAGAGUACUCUUGAUAGACUCAUCACUGAGCUUCUGCUCUGGCUUUUGGAUGAAAGGAUUCCCCAUAUGGAUGAUGGCAGUCCACUUCUGAAAGCUCUUAAUGUUUUGAUGCUUAAAAUUUUGGAGAACGCUGAACGAACUUCUUCCUUUGUUGUACUAAUUAAUCUCUUCCGUCCAUUAGACCCCUCAAGGUGGCCAUCACCUGCAACAAAUGAGAAUCUUGCUGUUAGAAAUUAUAAGUUCUCUGAACUUAUUUUCAGAUGUUUAGCCAAAAUUACAAAGGCGCAGGUUCUUCAAGGUACCAUAUAUGAUCUUGACCUUGAUCGAAUCCUUCAAAGCAUACACGUUUACCUGCAAGAAUUGGGAAUGGAGGAAAUUAGAAGAAGAGCUGGAGCUGAUGACAAACCUUUGCGCAUGGUUAAAACGGUCUUGCAUGAACUUGUAAAGCUUUGUGGGACUGCAAUAAAAGGUCAUCUUUCAAUGGUUCCUAUAGACAUGGAACCUCCACCAAUUAUUCUUGCCUACAUUGAUCUUAAUCUCCAGACAUUGGCUGCUGCAAGAAUGCUGACACCAUCUGGGCCUGUGGGCCAAACUCAUUGGGGUGAUUCAGCGGCUAAUAAUUCAUCAACUGCGACACAUUCUGCUGAUUCCCAAUUGAAGCAAGAGCUUGCUGCGAUAUUCAAGAAAAUUGGUGACAAGCAAACUUGUACAAUUGGUUUAUAUGAACUCUACCGGAUUACCCAAUUAUACCCAAAGGUUGAUAUAUUUGCUCAGCUCCAAAAUGCUAGUGAGGCAUUUCGAACAUAUAUACGAGAAGGUUUAGCCCAGAUGGAGAAGAAUGCGGCUGCUGGAAGAUCACCUUCAAGUUUGCCAAUGUCAACUCCUCCACCAGCUGCACUAUCCCUUUCUUCUCCAAAAGUUGCACCACUGUCACCUGUCCAUGCCAACCCUUUAAAUGACUCAAGGUCAUUAAAUGUUAGAAAUGAGCCCACAAGCUUCAAUUUACCUCCAUUGCACGAGGACAAUGGGGCUGUUAAUGCCAUCUCUUCAAGAUGUGCCACAUCCGAUCAUUCAGAGUUGCGGCAACAUUUAGGUGACCAGAAGAAUGAGAGAUUCCCUUCUGGAGUAUCCAGUGGGACACUAGAUGCAAUAAGAGAGAGGAUGAAGAGCAUCCAGUUAGCAUCUGCUGGUGGGAAUGUGGAUUCUGGAAAUAGGCCGUUAACGUUCAUAAAUGGAAAUUUAUCAUCAUUCGGCCUUUCUAGUCAGGUUCCUCAAGCAGCAGACCAUGCUGGUAUGGAAAAUCCUGUGCAAGGAGGCGGUGUCCUUCCUAUGGACGAUAAGGCAUUGUCUGGGCUUCAAGCUCGGAUGGAGAGACUUAAAAGUGGCGGCACUCUUGAACCUCUGUAGGAAGAGCUGUUGAUGCAAGCCACAUAAAUGUCUAGUAACCCUCUGCCAGAAGCUGCUUAUCUUGUAAAUGAAAGGGGCAACCAACUACGACUUAUCUGGGAUGUGAUUUCCUGCACUGGCCUAAAUUCUUUUGACUUUUUCAUGGGGCCAACCUUUAAGCCUCACCUUGCGCUGCAGUGGAUGCACACACCACCCUAUCCAACCGGCAUGGGUUAAGUAGUAGAUGGGAUGAGGAGAAACAACAUUCAUUUGUGUAAUUGGGAUUUUGUUAUAGGGUUUGGAGAAGUAUUAUGGAGCCUUUUGCUAGCGGUUUAUUGUGUCCUGGCACUGCAUUUGUUCACCCAACAGUCAGGUGAUUGUAUAUUUUAGCCGGCGCCCUUUGUCUGUCUGUCUGAUUUUGUUGUGGUAGAUUUAGUAAGCCCCUUUAAUUUAGAUAUGAAGGAAACGAUAUACUGCUUCUGCAGAAUAUUUGCACUCCCUGACUUGCAUGUCAGGCAUUGGUUUCUGUAUUUACCCGAUAUUUCAAGUAGUGUCGAGAUUAGCUUAAGGUUUAUACAAUCAGCCACAAUGAUUGCUCUUUCAAUA